UUUUUUGGCAAGGGGAGGGGUUUAAAACCUGCCCCCCCUUUCCAGGAUUCGGAUUUUUGGCUUGUCCCGGGAAAGGGGCGAAGAGCGAGAAGAGGACUCGGAUUGCGAGGAUUAUUAUUUUUAUAAAUAUUAUUUUUAUUAUUGUUUUUGCCAAGGCCGUUUUGAUCCCCACUACGACCCGCCAAACAGAGGAAUGACGCCUGGCGUCGGAGGGGGGUCCCUGGCCUUGGUGAGGAGGGGGCUCCUGCUGCUCUGCAUCGCGCUCUGCCUGCGGCCAACAAAUGGAAAAAUUUGUGGGCCAAACAUCGACAUACGCAACAGUAUGGAGGAACUGAAGCAGCUGGAGAACUGCACAGUGGUGGAAGGGUAUCUCCAGAUUUUGUUGAUCAACCAAGGAGAGGACUUCAGCAACUUCCGCUUCCCCAAGCUCACCAUGAUCACCGAGUAUUUGUUGCUUUUUCGUGUGGCUGGCCUGGAGACCCUCAGCGACCUCUUUCCAAACCUGACGGUGAUUCGGGGCAACAGGCUUUUCUACAACUACGCCUUGGUCAUCUUCGAGAUGACCAACCUCAAGGAAAUUGGGCUGUACAACUUGAGGAACAUUACUCGGGGAGCCAUCCGGAUCGAGAAGAAUACUGACCUCUGUUACCUGUCCACUGUGGACUGGUCUCUGAUCUUGGAUGCUGUUUUCAAUAACUACAUUAUAGGAAAUAAAUCGCCAAAAGAAUGUGGGGAUUUGUGUCCAGGAACGAUGGAGGAGAAGCCGCUGUGUGAGAAGACUUCCAUAAAUAAUGAAUACAGCUUCCGCUGCUGGACUUCCAACCACUGCCAGAAAACCUGUCCCAGUUCCUGUGGCAAACAUGCCUGCACAGACCAGAAUGAAUGCUGUCACCCCGAAUGCUUGGGCAGCUGCACCGCACCCCACAACAGCUCGGCCUGUGUGGCCUGUCGCAACUACUACCAUGACGGCACCUGCGUUCCUACCUGCCCACCCAACACCUACAAGUUUGAGGGCUGGCGUUGCAUUACCAAGAAGAAGUGUUUCAACACUUCCUCGGAGCUACUUGGGGAAGAUGAGAGAUUUGUGAUCCAUGAGGAUGAGUGUGUGCCAGAGUGUCCUCCAGGAUUUGUGCGCAAUGAUACACAAAGCAUGUUCUGCAGCCCUUGUGAGGGGCCCUGCCCCAAAGUGUGUGCAGAUGACAAAAUCCUGACCAUUGACUCCGUCACGUCAGCACAGACGCUCCAGGGAUGCACCGAAAUUAGAGGGAACCUUCUUAUCAACAUCCGCCGUGGGAACAAUAUCGCCUCUGAGCUGGAGGACUUCAUGGGGUUGAUAGAAACGGUGACUGGAUAUGUGAAGAUCCGGCAUUCUCAUGCUUUGGUGUCCUUGUCGUUUUUGAAGAACCUGCGAUAUAUCAACGGAGAGGAACAACUGGAGGGGAAUUACUCGUUUUAUGUGCUGGACAACCAAAACUUGCAGCAACUGUGGGACUGGAGCCACCAUAACCUGACCAUCAAAGAAGGGAAAAUGUACUUUGCUUUUAAUCCCAAAUUGUGCGUUUCGGAGAUUUACCAAAUGGAGGAGGUGACUGGAACCAAAGAUCGAAAAAAUAAAGGCGACAUCAAUCCAAGGAACAACGGAGAGAAAGCAUCCUGUGAAAGUCACAUUCUGAAAUUCGUUUCCAACACUACAAUGAAAAACCGGAUCAAACUGACAUGGGAACAGUAUCGGCCUAAAGAUUACAGAGAUUUGAUUAGCUUCACCGUCUAUUACAAAGAAGCAGCCUUCAAGAAUGUGACAGAAUAUGAUGGGCAGGACGCUUGUGGUUCUAACAGCUGGAACAUGGUCGAUGUGGACCUGCCUUCAAAUAAAGACGACAAUCCAGGGAUUUUACUGCAGCCGCUGAAACCGUGGACCCAAUAUGCAAUUUAUGUCAAAGCCGUCAUGCUCACUAUGAUGGAGAACUACCACCCUCAUGGAGCGAAGAGCGAAGCUCCCUGGUUGUCUUCUGUUCUUCUAGUGCCGUCCAUUCCUCUGGAUGUCAUCUCGGCCUCCAACUCCUCCUCACAGCUGAUUGUGAAAUGGAACCCUCCGACUUACCCCAACGGCAACCUGUCCUACUAUAUUGUAAGGUGGCAGCAGCAGCCUCAGGAUAGUUACCUGUACAGGCACAACUACUGCUCGAAAGAUAAAGUCCCAAUUCGGAGAUAUGCUGAUGGGACCAUAGAUACUGAAGAAGCCACGGAACCCACCAAGUCGGAGGGGUCUGGUGGGGAGAAAGGGCCUUGCUGCACCUGUCCAAAGACUGAAGCAGAGAAGCAGGCCGAUAAGGAGGAAGCCGAGUACCGGAAGGUCUUUGAGAAUUUCCUCCACAAUGCCAUCUUUUUGCCCAGGUGAGGGGGAGGGGGAACCUUCCAGAAGCAAAUGGGAUCCAGUGGGGGUGGCAUUUAUUUCUCAGAAGGAAGUCCUUUGGUUUCAUUGGUCAUAAUUCUUACAUUCCACAAGGAGAAUAAAAGAGGCGAGAAGGAUUUGGCAAAGACAUCGGCAGCUAUGAGUGGGGCCAGGAGCCUUUGAAGAGGAGUUUGAGCAUCAGGUGUUGCUUGAGAGGGGCUGAGGGCCUGCUGAAUUUAACCCUUUCUGUGACAUGUGAGCACAGCUUCCUCCCUCCCCUUUUUUCUUUCCUUCCU